AUGUUAUACUUGACAGACGAUUUGGGCUUAUUGCCCUUCUUUUUACCAUUUGGUAUCAUUGGUUUCUAUAGAUACCUCUGGUACUUUAUCAAAGUAGCAGCUUGGCUUGUCUAUAGACCAAGAUUACCUAAAGCAAAUCCAACCUAUAUACCAGAAAAAGAUGUUACAAUCAUUGUGCCCACCAUUGAUGCCGGAGAAGAAUUCAAGAUUGCUGCCAAGAGUUGGUUAGCUUGUAAACCUAAAGAAAUCAUCAUCAUCACCGAAACAAAGAUGAAAGGACCACUACAGGAUUUAGCUAACGAGGUUGAUCCGUCCAAAAUUCGUGUGCUGACAGUACCCAAGGCCAAUAAACGACUUCAGAUGGUGGAGGGUAUUAACGCCUGUACAACAGAGAUUAUUGUCUUUUCUGAUGAUGAUGCUAUCUGGAAACCAACUAUGCUCGAUUAUAUCCUGGCUUGUUUUGAGGAUCUCAAGAUGGGUGGAGUAGGCACCAGUCAGACUGUACACGCUGUUGAUCCGAAUGGACGUCAGACCCUCUGGGAAAUCCUUGCUGGUUUCCGAUUGACAAGUCGAAACAUCGAAAUCGCUGCUUCAACCCAUAUCGAUGGCGGUAUCUGUUGCCUAUCAGGUCGUACUGCUGCUUAUCGUACCUUGAUCCUCAAGGACCCCGCGUUUCAGUAUUGCUUCACAAAUGAUCUCUGGUUAGGCAAGUAUCCUCUCAAUUCUGGUGAUGACAAAUUUCUUACUCGAUGGAUGGUCUCUCACGGCUGGAACACGUAUGCUCAAAUCUGUAAGGAAGCUGAGCUCUACUCGACCUUCAAGAACAACUGGCGUUUCCUUAAACAGGUUCUCCGUUGGACUCGUAAUACCUGGCGAUCCGAUUUUCGCUCCCUCUUUAUGGAGCGUUAUAUCUGGAGAAGACACCCCUAUGUUGCCUUCACCAUGGUCGAUAAAAUCUUUAACCCUCUCACCCUAUUAGCCGGCCCUAUCAUGGUAGGCGUCUUUGCCUCUCUUCAAGAAAAACACGCAGGUCCAACCAACCCACCCUUGCCCGCUUGGAACAUUGCCAUCUCUUAUAUCUGUUGGCUCUUGAUCACUCGAUUUAUCAAGCUCGUUCCUCACUUUUUAAAACGACCUCAGGAUAUCUGGGUUCUCCCCGCUUGGCUUUUGUUUAACUAUUAUUUUGCCAUCAUGAAGAUCUAUGCCUUGUUUACUUUACAUGAAGUCGGCUGGGGUACUCGUGCUGGUGUUGGUACUGAGUUGGCUGCCAACAUUGGUAAAGAGAUGGAAGAAAAGCAGGAACACGUCAAGAUUGAGAUGAAGCGUUAUUAUCAGAAUGCCACCGAUCCGUUCACCACUGCUGCAGAACAACAGGUUAUUGAAAUGGGCGUAGAUGGGUCUUAUGCACCCCCUACGACAUCAACAACACCAUCACAAGAACACCAUAAGCCACUGUUAUAA